ACUGUAUAUAAAUUGAUUAGAUGGAGUAUUUACGGACUUUUAUUUUUGUUUUGUUUUAUUUUAGUUAUAUGCUAUGACACUAACUGUGAGCUGGGAGACGUGAAUGAAAAUUUACUAAAAUAUUUCUAUCGCUUUUUAAGGAAUUUCUUCAAUGUCGCAAUAUUAAAUAGCCUAUUAAAACAGCUUUAGAAUUUGUCAUGUAUGUCUAAUACGUUAUUAUAAUAACUUGUAUUACUUAUUAACCACAAGGUAAAGGGUUAUUUUUGCAAAUAAAAUGAAAACUGAUUCAAAGCUACAGGAUAAAGACGUCUUUCAUUGGGUUUCUGGAUUUCUGGACGACACCAGUACCGUAAUGUUAAGAAUAAAGGAGCAGGAAAAUUGAAGGUGCGGCUGGCUUGACCUCGACUUGAUGAGCGCUCAUCUGCAGCAUCCGACCAUCCGGUUAAAAGGAAAGCAGCAUGAUGAGCAUCGAUCUGGGGUUAGCUGGCUCUCGGGCUAGCUGCGGCGCAAUGCAGACCAUUAAAUGCGUUGUCGUCGGAGACGGAGGAGUGGGUAAGACCUGUCUGCUCACCAGCUACACCACCAAUGCCUUUCCGGGAGAGGAAAUCCCCUCAGUGUUCGACCACUACUCUUCCAAUGUUAUGGUGGAUGGGAACCCAGUGACCCUGGCUCUCUGGGAUACGGCAGGACAAGCAGACUAUGACAAACUUCGCCCACUUUCUUACUCACAGACGGACAUUUUUCUUAUCUGCUUUUCGCUUGUGUGUUGUACCUCGUAUGAAAACGUCCGUCAUAAGUGGCACCCUGAGGUGAGACAUCAUUGUCCCACCACUCCCGUAAUCCUCGUGGGCACUAAACUGGAUCUGAGGGCUGAGAAGGAAACCCUGGAGGUGCUAAAGAAAAAGAAACUCUCCCCAAUUUCCUAUCUUCAAGGACUGGCCAUGGCCAAAGAGAUUGGUUCUGUCAAGUACCUGGAGUGUUCAGCCCUGACUCAGCGUGGCCUUAAAACUGUGUUCGAUGAGGCCAUCCGGGCCGUCCUGUGCCCUCCACCUGUCAAAAAGAAGGGGAAGAGAUGCUCUCUCCUCUAAGACUUCCUUCACUGGAACAGUUACACAUGGCUGCUAGUGAGGAGUGGGUAAGACCUGUCUGCUCAUCAGCUACACCACCAAUGCCUUUCCUGGAGAGGAAAUUCCCUCU